GAAGGCCUUCGAGCGAGGAGACUAUGCGGAGGCUGCGAGCUGCUUCACUGCUGCCCUGAACCUCAACCCCAACAAUCACCUGCUCCUCGGCAGCCGUUCUUCCGCUCUCCUUCAGCUUGGAAAGCUGGAGGAGGCGCUGGAGGAUGCGGAAGAGAGCGUGAAGAGGUGCUCGAGCUAUGCUGAGGGGCAUCUGAGGAAGGCACAAGCGCUCUCCGUCCUCGGCAGGUUCGAUCUGGCGGUGGAGGCGGCAGAAGAGGCGAGGAAGCAAGACCCCGAGGACGCGAACAUCCGAGCAUGGCAUGAGAAGAUGCAGAGGAUGAGGGAGGGGAGCACCCUCAGCGCGGAGAGCGUUGAAACUUUCUCGGACGAGGGGGUGGAGGUGGAGGUGGAGGUGCCGAAGCAGGGCAAGGAAGGAGACCAUGUCACAGUCUCUCUCUCCUUCCCCGAGCUGGGAGCCGUCAAGCUGGACGCGGUGGUUCCCCCGGGGAAGAAAGGGGGCGAGAAGUUCAGGCUGAAGUUGGGGAGGAGGGAGGAGAUCGCAGAGAAGAAGAAGCUGGAAGGGAUCAAGGCGUUCAAGGGCGGGAGGAUGCAGAAGGCCUGUGAAGACUUCUCCUCCGCCAUCCUCCUCAACCCCAAGGACCCUGCAAGCUUCCUCAACCGAUCGGCCGCAAACUUCAACCUGGGGAGGCUCGAGGGCUCGCUGGAUGACGCGGAGAGCUACCUCCGUCUCCUUCCCCGCUGCCCCCGAGGGCUACACAGGAAGGGACUUGCGCUUGCUGCCCUGGGAGAGUUCGAGAAAGCUGCCGCAGCUCUUGAGGAGGCGCUGCAGCUUGCUCCGGACGAAGACGUCAGGAAGGACCUGGAGGAGACGAAGGAAAACGCGGAGAAGAAGAAGAAGGGCGAAGCUGUGUCGUACGAGAGGGUAGUGCCUGAUGCAAGGAAGGAGAGCAGGUUUCUUCACCACAGGAUAGCGGCGGAGGUAGAGGAGGAGCUGCAGGCUCAGUGGAAGAGGUCAGAGAGGAGGAGGAAGGAACGGGAGAGCAGGGAGAUGGAGCGAUCCGCUGCCAUUUCCAACGAGAAGCUCGCAGCUGAGCUUGCAAGGGCCAAGGAGGAGGAGGAGCACAAGAAGGACACGGAGAGAGCCAAGUUCCAGGCGGUCGCUCAGCGAGUUGAGUUCGAGCAGUUCGAGCAGAACGUCAAGGGCGCGUCCCUGAAGCCUCAGAGGACCAAGACGGACGGCAAGGAGCACGGCAUCAUCCUCACCCCCGGUAGCUCUGCCGCUGUUCCCGGCCUCGCCAAGAAAUGCUUCAACGCCAUGGCAGAGGGGGGGGAGAGGAGGAACUGGCUUAGCGGAGGAGAGGACGCGACCAAGAGUGUGGCAGUACCUGCUUCCUCCUCACAUCGCCCCUCCGCCUCGUCUGACUCGCCUCCCAGCAACGGUCGGGAGUUUCUCCGCAGGUGGAAGUCGCUCAAGGGAAAGGAGGAUGAGAGGAAGCAGCUGCUUCUGAGCCUGCCGCCAAACCCCUUCCCGUGCUUGUUCAAGACCGAGAUGGACGCUGACCUGAUCGCUGAAAUCAUCGCUCUUCUGAGGACGACAGGACUUGAGGCCAAGGUGGGCCUGAGCCUCCUCGAGUCCAUUGGGCAGACUCAGAGAUUUUCACUCAUCUCGCGCUUUCUAUCCAAGAGAGACAAGGAGGAGGUGAAGAAGCUGCUCGAUGAGUAUCAGACACAGCAAGACUUGCCGCAGGCAACGAUUUCAUCCCUUAGAAACCUCUUUGCCUGAAGCGAUUAAAUCGAUUUCUUUC